ACCCGUUUGAAGAAUGUUUCCCAUCUCUUCCUCUCAGUCCAACACACAAGCUACGACUCUUGCUGUUGGUUAAAGGGGAAGUAAGACUCAUACCACUUCCUUUCCUCCUCCCAGUGAGGUUGAAAACAUCAACACUACAGUUGUUUUAUGUGAUCAAGGUUUUCACAAGUUCUCCUCUGAUCACUAACAGGACAAACUGCAGUUUUUUGGGCAAAAUACAAACGUUACGUUCUGGAUAAAUGACUCAAAAACCUGACAGCAGCAGAGUGAACCAGUGAGCAGGGAUGAAGGCCGUCGUUGGAGUCUUACUGAUGUGGUUCCGGGUCUCUCAGGCUGUGGAGCCAUACUGUGAUGGCAGACAGGAUGGAGCUCAGUGUUAUGGAGCUUUAGGAGGAGCUGUGGACCUUCUGCUGAUGGACAACUUCUCAGAAGUACCCAGAUUCCAGUGGAAAAAGAACAGCUAUCCACUAUUCAUGUGGAGAGUCAACAACAUUAUCUCUAGCACAAAGGAGAGCAGAUUUCUCUUUUUUCCCAGUAAUGGAACAGUUAGGAUCAAUAACCUGAGAAGGAAUGACAGCGGUGAAUAUGAACUUGAAAUCUAUGAUAAAAAUGGAAGAUUAUCAGCUCAGAAAACUCUGGAGCUGUUUGUUCAAGCUCCUGUGUCCUCUGUCCAGCUGGUCUCUGAGUGUGUGUCCCAGGGAAAUAUAAAGGUGUCCUGUCUGUCUGAGGGUGGGGACAGUCCUCACUACGACUGGACUCUGGAUGGACACACACUGACAGACUCUGAGCUGUUUUCUAGAAAUAAUGAGACUAACAUCAUCUUUCUGACACAAAACAUGUCAGGCCGUCUGGUUUGCUCAGUCAGGAAUAAAGUCAGUGAUUCCUUUAAAGAGAUCAAGAUAUAUGACUAUGGUUGUAUAUUCAUUAACUGCACUUCCAAUGGGAUACAAAUAUCUAAGUGGGUGCAUAAAGAAAAUAACAUCCUGUGUGUUGAACCAACAACAGUCCCUGGGUACAUUAGACCUAUAAUUGUUGGUGUACUUGAAGCAUUGGUAAUUGUCUUAGUAGUCGGCAUCACAUUCGUCUGUGCUCACAAGAAAAAGAAAAACGUCAAAGUGGAGGAAGAUUACCAGGAACUGACCUGAUUUCAGGAUUGUGAAAAAGCAGGAGAGGAAAGUGGAGCAAAGUGUGGAUGCUGAUGUCGAGUACGGAAAGGCCAAGUUAUCAAAGAGGGAGAGGUGAUAGAAAGGUUGCCAAAGUCUUUCAUUUAGUGUGAUUUCCUGUUAUAGGUGCGAGUUGUAAGCCCAUUUAUGGAGGCUAAUGCAGCUGUCCUGCCUUCAACGCUCAGUCAGGCCCAUGUACUGCAUCUCUCUGUGUCCCCUCCUACUGUCUGAUAUACUGUUGAAUAAAGGACAGCAGUGGCACUGAAAACCUUUAAAAAGCAACUUAUUACAAUUAAAGCUUAUGUUUCUGCUUCUUAAAUAUUUAUUUAUUGUUGCAGUUGAACUUAUAAAAUUCAUGUCUGCUUCUGGAUAAUAUUGAGUCCAUGUUGGGAGCUACAAGUUGUGAAUUUAAUUUGAAAUAUAUGUUUAUUGUUCACUGUAACUGAAAUGCUGAAAUACUGUUAAAAUAGAAGUAUGUGAUGCUAAGUGGGUUAAAAUACGUAACAUUUAUAUAUCAUGUAUACCAGUUUAAUGAGUUCAGUAAAUACUUUCCCCUAAUGCUAUAAAGCUGAAAUAAUGCAAUCUGUAAUAGUUAAGUAAUGUGAAAAAGUUCAAGCGAUGUGAACACUUGUGCAAGGAACCAUACAAAGGGCACAUUUUUUAUAGAGGAGAUGGUCAGGAUAUUUAAAUCUUUAUUUGUUCAUUUUUACCUGAUUUGAAACGGAACCUUAUUUAAUGUGUAUAUAAAAUUAGCUUCAGCUCAGUGUAAAAUGAGUAAAACUAUCUUCCAUGACAUAAAUACCAUAAAUGCCUUUAAGACAAUGAUAAAUUGCAGUGUAGACUAAAUGGUUUAAACUACACUGCCCAGCAUAAACCCCGGCAAUCUAUCAUAUCUUAUUGAUUUGUUUUAAACUACUGAACUUAAACUUCCAUAGCCAGCUAUAAUUUCUGUCACCCCCCACCACCACCACCACGCGCACACACAC